AUGAGGACGACGAACUCAGUCGACACCGAGGACGAGUACCAGUGGUGGACGAAAAAGCGCAUGCUGGAAGAACUGGGACCAGAACUCACGGAGGAUUUAGUCGCUCGACACCUCAAAGAGGAUCCGAAAGCAAGCGGGCGCUUCAUCAAGCAGCACCCGGAUUUCCCACACCGGGAGGAUCUGUACCGCUACAAGAACUACGCUGCGACCAGUGAACGGCAUGGUAAGAGGCAGGAGACUUCAGCGGAGGUUGCAAUGGAAGCCGAACUCCAGGAGAGCGAGGCUUUUGAAGCGAU